GUAUUGUGAAAAGCGCUAUACUAAUAAAUGUGAAUUGAAUUGAAUAUUAACUAAUGAACCUUGUUAUAAAGUGUUACCAUUUUGUCUAAGUUUAGUACCUAAAUCGACUUUUAAAAAGAAACCCAGCCUGAAAAUUAUUCAUUCUCUGUUUUUACGCCUUUUCCUCAGAGUGAACCAAAUAUGAGCAGUUGAACUGUGUUGAGAUUUAUAAAUACCAAUAUAAUUUUAUUUAUUAUAGUCUCAACAGAGACAUGUGGAAAAGAACUACUAGUGGGAACGUCCUGCAUCAUGAAGCUGAGAACAAAAAACAAUGAGAAACCUUAUGAGAUAAGAUGGACCCAUGACAGAAAUGGCGACAUUCUUCUCUGGAGAUAUGGGAGAAACAAAGUGAAAGCAGCUGAAGGUGUAUCUAAGGAAGAAGAUGGAUCAUUAAGAUUUCAAAGUGUUAGUCUGAAGGACAUGGGCACAUAUACAUAUAUCCUUUAUCAUUUUAAGGCAUUUCAAAAGGACUUUUUCCUGUUUCCUCCAGUUGAUUGUGAAAAGGUUCUGGAACAUUUGCUGUGUUCAGAAGAGCAAUGAUCUUCCAAUACAAUCUGAUAUUGAUGUUCCUCUGUGGCUUCGCUGCACUCUCUGUCUCAACAGAGACAUGUGGAAAAGAUCUACUAGUGGGAACGUCCUGCAUCAUGAAGCUACCAGAAAAAUACAACAACAAAUCUAAUGACAUAAAAUGGACCCAUUUCUCCAGUGACGCCGUAAUUGAGAGGAGAAAUAAGAAGACAAAGUCAAACACUCCAGGUUUAACAAUGGAAGAAGAUGGAUCAUUAAGAUUUCAAAAUGUUACUCUGAAGGACACGGGCACAUAUACAUACACUGUUACUAGUUCUGAUGGUACAGAGAUUGGUAAAGAUAAAGUGGAAAUUAAAGUAUAUGAAUGGGUCCCUAAACCUACAGUGAAUAUCAACUGCACCGCUGAUGGGAAUGCUACUCUCUCCUGUGACGUCGAAAACAGUAAAGAUCCGAGUCUGAAUGUAUCCUGGUAUGAAGAUGGAAAACUCAUCCAGAAUGAAAUAAAGCCUCAAGUGUUCUUGUCAUCUACUCAAGUACAGGAAAAUAAAACAUACUCAUGCGAGACACACAAUCCUGUCAGCGAAGAUAAAAGUGAGAAUAUUACAGUAUCAUGUGGAAACCUUGUCCAUGACGAUGACUCUGGCUUUGACUGGAUCAUCGUGAGCAUCAUAGCCGGCGGAGGAGCCCUUCUGCUGCUGUUUCUCGUCAUCUGUGCAUAUCGAAGCUGUCAGCGAAGCACAAAGCACCAACAAGAUGAUGAAGAUCUUACCCUAGGUCACACCGGUACAAACAGAUCCAAACAGACCGCUAAGGGGCAACUGGCGCCCCCCAUCCCACAAGAAGACCCCAUGCCCCGCAGACCAGCUCCGCAAACCCCGCCUCAAACCCCACCUCAACCCAAAGCCCAGAUCCGUGCUCGACCCCCACCACCACCUCAGGACGAGGAUGAGGAAUAUCUGACUCCCAUACCUCUCCCGAGGAACAAACAGCACUGAACCAAGAGAAAUCACAAGCCAUAUUGACCAAUAGAAUGAGAUGCUUGAAUGUUCACUGAAUGAUAGUAUAUGGGACUUUCCUAGAAUGAUUCCAAAAAUGAUGGGCCUGUUUACACCUGGUCGCUUCAUGCGUUUUCACUGAUCAGAUAGCUAUCCGAUCACGAAAAUACCAGGUCUAAAUGCCCUCUGAAACGCAUUCGAAAUGGAUAUAAAUCCGAUCACACAAACCACUUCAGGAAGUGGUCUGGGACGCAUUCCAGUCAAAACUGAACAGGUCUAAAUGCAUCUGUUUGUUGAAACCACAUAUGUAAAUUUAACUCCUCCCAAAAAUACUAGAAAAUAAAUGUGUGAGUGCGUGUUAUCAUCUUCAUUAAAAGUAAUGAGACUAAAUGAUCUUAUCAGUGCUGCUGCUGCGCUCUCUCCUAUUGCGGUCUUUGAUUUUGAAAUUAGCCGAUGAUCAGUAAAAUGCAGCUCAUAUUUGUUGCAUUCGAUGUAAACUCUAUGAAAUCUGCACAUAGCAUGGGAAUUGAAGAUCGUAUUUAUAUCCGUUUUGUGUGUAAAGUGUAAAUGCAAUCAUUUUUAUAAAUCAGAUAGCUAUCCGAUCAGAGAAAACACAUGAAGUGACCAGGUGUAAACAGGCCCUUUGAUGGUAAGCAUUUUACAACCUGUGCGCUAUACUCCUUCUAUAAGUCUUCUGAAGUCAAUCUGUCAUGAUAUACAAUGCAAAAUAUUGACUUUUUUCUUUGGGAUUAACUAAAUGUAUUCUUCCAAACCAUGUUUUUGCCAUAAAUCAUUAUAAAUACAUUAUUUUUUUACUCAUUAUUUAGAUUUAAACAAUUCGUAAUAUAAUUAUUUAUUAAUUGGCCUGUAAUUAUUUAUAUUUUAGAGUUUUUGGGAUGGAUUUCACGGGAUACUGCUUACUUUCA